AUGCUCGACUAUAAGCCCUCCAUUCCACCUACUGUGAGGCCCUCCGGUCUCCCCAUCGUCGAACCUGUCCCUCAUAUCAUGCCCCGCGACUCUGCCCCGCGAACCUUUGCUCCCGAUGCAUCCCUCGUUCUAAUCGGCAUUCGCGGCUGCGGCAAGCGCUCACUGGGCUUUGUCGCAGCCACCGCGCUCAAGCGACGAUUCAUCACCGAAGACCACUAUUUUAGAGAAGUCACCGGGGUCACGCGACAGGACUACCUCAAGACUUAUGGCAGCCAGGAGUUUCAGCGCCGGGACAUUGAAGUGCUCAAGAUGAUGCUGGACAAUCAUCGCACCGGUUGUGUCAUGGAGUGUGGACUGGGUAGUCUGACCCGACCUGUUCAGGAGCAUCUGCGUCGUUAUGCCCGAUCAAAUCCUGUGGUUCAUCUGCUGCGCGAUAUUGAUCGCAUUCAGCAAUUGCUCGGACUGGAGAAUCAGGCCGUGCGCUUGUUCCGUGAAGGAGAUCCUAUGCAUCGGAUGUGUUCAAACUUCGAAUUUUACAACCUGGAAGACCGGACCCGCGCAGCGGACGACGGGAGCCCGGAUCGUCGGUCGGCUGAUUAUUCAUUCAAGCUGCAGGAAGUCAAGGAAGAUUUCACUCGGUUCGUGCAAUUCAUCACUGGGCUCGAUGUCAAUUACUCGAGCUAUGACUCGCCCUUUGUGCUGCUGGAGACGCCGCCGGAAUUUCGCUCUUUCACCCAUGCUAUAUUUGUACGGUCCUCAGAUCUGAUCGCCGACUCGGUGAGUUUGGCUGAUCUCGAGUCAGGUGGAGAUGCCAUCGAACUAUGUGUGGAUCGCUGGGGCCCAGACAUGGCAGCUAUCACUAGUAAACAGGUUUCGGACCUGCGUCGAAAUGCGCGGGUUCCUGUGGUUCUGUCUGUUGACACCUCUUCUACCGGUAUCAACUCUAGUGAAACGGCUAACUCUCGAACCUACUUCGACGUCCUUGAGCAUGGUUUACGCUUGGGGGUGGAAUACCUCGUGGUAGACCUGACCGAGGACCGAUCCCGGUUGGCUGGGAUUAUCCGUGGCCGUGGAAACACCAAGAUCAUCGGCCAGCAGGUCUUUAAACCAUCUUCUCCUAUCACCUGGGACAGCGAGGGCUGUGUCGCCCUCUAUCACGAAGCUGAAACGUCUGGCUGUCAAUUGGUCCGCCUUCUCCGUAUAGCAACGAAGCGCGAGGACAACGCAGCUGUGAUCGAGUUCUCUAACAAGAUCAGCUCACUCGCAGGCGACCACCCACCGCUCAUCGCCUACAACAUUGGAGCUUUGGGCCGCACAUCCCAAGUCUUCAACUCAAUUCUCACUGGAGUGACACACCCAGCCAUCACCCGGUCAGAAGAGAAUGAGCUCGACCCGCAAAUAACAUCGCGUGAUGCUGUCCGCGCCCUCUUCCAGAGCUACAUGCUCGAUCCAUUAAAAUUUUACAUUUCCGGAGAGAAUGUAGCCUACAGUUUAUCUCCGGCCAUGCACAAUGCCGCACACCAACACUGUGGCAUGGGUCACACCUACACCAUUCCCGACUCGCCUUCACUGGCAGUGUUAGACCGGCUGGGCCGGGACCCGCACUUUGGAGGCUCGAGUGUUGUUCAGCCGUGGCGGGUGCAAGUAUAUCAGAAACUCGCCUCCAAAAGUCGACACGCCGAAGCAAUUGGUGCCAUCAACACUAUCAUGCCACUCCGUGGUCACGCCGACGGCACUAUGUUCCCGCUUCAGGAACAAGCCAGCCGUCGCAACCAGGCUGGCCGCGUGUUGGGUUGGUACGGUGAGAACACGGACUGGGUUGGCAUCAUGACAUGUAUCACCCGCCAUCUCUCCCCUCGCAACGCAAUCAGCGCGAAGACAACUGGCCUAGUCAUUGGUGCUGGUGGUAUGGCGCGGGCCGCCAUCUAUGCCAUGCUCCGUCUGGGCUGUCGAAAGAUCUUCAUCUAUAACCGUACCAAAUCACGGGCUGAAGAGGUCGCACGCCAUUUCAACUCUUGGGCUUCCUCGCAAGUUGGCUCCGCAGAGGUAGUUCGCGUCUUGCAUUCUCUCCAACAAGAUUGGCCUGCAGAUGCCACUCAGCCUAGUCUCGUCGCAUCCUGCGUACCGGCAGACCCGGACCGUGAUGAACCCCCAGCGAACUUUGAGAUGCCGGUGCAAUGGCUCGGAAGUCCCACGGGGGGUGUAAUUUUGGAGUUGGCCUACAAACCCCUCGAUACACCACUUCUUCGACAAAUGCGUCGAGUCCGCAGUGAGACUGGACGACCCUGGGUCCUGUCAGAUGGAUUAGAGAACGUUACUGAACAGGGCAUUGCCCAGUUCGAGUUGAUGACAGGCCGCAAAGCACCUCGGCGAUUGAUGACCUAUGAAGUUCUACGGAACUACGUCGGUGAUAAUGGGUCUUUUGAUGAGAAGACUAUUCAGGCUCGUCUGGAUGGUGUAGGGUCUGUCAUAUGA